ACGCGGAAGAUGCUCUGAUGUACACUAGAAAUUGAUAUACGGUGCCAUAAAAUAGGAAUAAGUUUUCAUAGAAAAUAUCCCUACAAGACUACAGGAGCUAUUAUACUUACUAGAUUGCUGGAAUCCGUUAUUCUGUUAUCACUAGCACCAUUUUCUUCAAAGGGAAUGUGUAAGAAUAGCUCUUUACGUAAAUUUAAUAUCUAAUCUGAUACACGUUCUCUUAUCUGUUUAGGUGUGAACUUCCGUAUCUCGCAUCAAUACCAAUCUUUGCAGCAAAGAGACGUCAGUCUGAGCAUUGCUUCGAUCCCAUCGUGACGUCAAGAAAUAGUCACCUGACUUGUUGUGGAAACUGAUGGAGGCGUAGCCGCGUUGAGAGAGAUUUGAAGUGCGUUUUGUUUGAGGAACCUAAAGGUAAAGCAACAACAUGGGGUCGUUAUUUAGAAGCGAAGAAAUGACUCUAUGUCAAUUGUUUCUUCAAAGUGAAGCAGCCUAUGCAUGUGUUUCUGAAUUGGGAGAACUAGGAUUGGUCCAGUUUCGUGAUUUGAAUCCUGAUGUUAAUGCAUUUCAAAGGAAAUUUGUCAAUGAAGUCCGAAGAUGUGACGAGAUGGAGCGAAAGUUGCGCUACUUGGAGAAAGAGAUUCGGAAGGAUGGCAUUCCGAUGUUGGACACGGGGGAGAGUCCAGAGGCUCCUCAGCCAAGGGAGAUGAUAGACUUGGAGGCAACAUUUGAAAAACUGGAGAAUGAGCUGAGUGAAGUGAAUCAGAAUGCAGAGGCUCUAAAGCGGAACUUCCUUGAACUCACAGAAUUGAAGCACAUCUUGAGGAAGACACAAGUGUUCUUCGAUGAGCACGAGGGGGGAGCAAAUGCGACCGAGUCAAUGACGCGGGCCCUCAUAAGCGAUGACUCUAUCGCACGGCAGGCGCCCUCCGGGCCCGUCCAGCUCGGGUUUGUAGCCGGAGUUAUCCUCAGAGAACGCAUUCCAGCUUUUGAGCGGAUGCUGUGGAGGGCAUGCCGUGGAAAUGUGUUUCUUCGGCAAGCUGAGAUAGAAACACCACUUGAAGACCCAUCUAAUGGGGAUGCAGUCUACAAAUCAGUAUUCAUCAUCUUCUUCCAAGGAGACCAGUUGAAGACAAGAGUGAAAAAGAUCUGUGAGGGCUUCCGUGCCACUCUGUACCCAUGCCCUGAAGCUCCUGCUGACCGCCGUGAAAUGGCUAUGGGCGUCAUGACGAGGAUUGAAGAUCUCAACACAGUGCUGGGGCAGACUCAAGACCAUCGCCACCGUGUCCUCGUGGCUGCUGCCAAGAAUAUAAAGAACUGGUUUAUCAAAGUGCGGAAGAUAAAAGCGAUCUACUUCACAUUAAACCUGUUCAACCUGGAUGUAACCCAGAAGUGUCUGAUUGCCGAGUGUUGGGUUCCACUGCUGGACCUGGAGACAAUUCAACUUGCCCUUCGCCGUGGAACGGAACGCAGUGGCAGCUCAGUUCCUCCAAUUCUGAAUCGGAUGCAGACAUUUGAGGAUCCACCUACAUAUAAUAGAACAAAUAAGUUUACGAGUGCGUUCCAGACUUUAGUUGAUGCAUAUGGAGUUGCCAGCUAUAGGGAGGUAAAUCCAGCACCUUACACCAUAAUCACAUUUCCAUUUUUGUUUGCUGUAAUGUUUGGUGAUACUGGACAUGGGCUAAUCAUGGCAUUAUUUGGAUUCUGGAUGGUGCUGAAGGAGAAACCACUAGCUGCUAAGAAGUCGGACAGUGAUAUAUGGAAUAUUUUCUUUGGUGGUCGAUAUGUAGUGUUGCUUAUGGGCCUGUUUUCAAUGUAUACGGGUCUUAUCUAUAAUGAUGUAUUCUCGAAGUCAUUGAAUAUAUUUGGCUCAUAUUGGAAAGUAGAAUACAAUGAAUCAACCUUAAGGCACAGUAAAGAGCUACAGCUAGACCCUGCAAAAGAGUUUCUUCAAUACCCGUACCCUUUUGGAAUGGAUCCAGUUUGGCAGCUGGCUGAAAAUAAAAUCAUCUUCAUGAACUCUUACAAGAUGAAAAUUUCAAUCAUUCUUGGUGUGCUGCACAUGCUGUUCGGAGUUCUUCUGAGUCUUUGGAAUCACUUGUAUUUCAAAAAUUCCAUUAACAUCAUAUGCGAGUUCGUCCCACAGAUAAUUUUUUUGAUCUUCUUGUUCCUCUACAUGUGUAUCUUGAUGUUUGUCAAAUGGGUGAACUAUGGACCGACAUUUGGUUUCACAGCAGGUCCUGCGUGUGCUCCAUCAAUUUUAAUCACUUUCAUCAAUAUGGUAUUGUUCAAAGGUAGUGUUCCUCCAAAAGGUUGCGAUGAGUUCAUGUAUAGUGGACAGAAAGGCUUGCAGAGGUUCUUUGUUGUUCUUGCUCUACUGUGUGUUCCUUGGAUGCUUCUUGCAAAACCCAUUGUUUUGAUAAUGAGGCACCGCAAAGCCCACCAACUGCUUUCAAGCCAUCCCGUACCUGCAGAGAAUGGCAUGGAUGCGGAGGUGGGAUCGAUGUCAGGGACAGCACACAAGGACAGUACAGAUGGGGCUCCCGCGCCGCAGAGCAGUGAAGACCAUGACCUGGGAGAAAUCUUCAUCCAUCAGGGCAUCCACACGAUAGAGUACGUGCUAGGCUCUGUCUCUCACACUGCCUCGUAUCUGCGACUUUGGGCACUGUCACUGGCGCAUGCCCAGCUGUCUGAGGUGCUGUGGAGUAUGGUGAUGAAGAAUGGACUGGUAGUGGAGGGCUGGACUGGAGGCUUUGCCCUAUGGCUGGUAUUUGCCUUCUGGGCAGUGCUUACCGUGGGCAUCUUGGUGCUUAUGGAGGGACUAUCUGCAUUCCUCCACACAUUGCGGCUUCACUGGGUGGAGUUCCAGAGUAAGUUCUAUGCUGGUGUGGGAUAUUCAUUCCAGCCGUUCUCAUUCGAGGCAAUCCUGGAUUCUGCAUCUCAAGCACCGGAGGAUUAGAAACAGCAAUGCAACCUCUGUCUUCCUGGCUGCGCACUACUUCUAAGUGCUGAGGUUGACAGUCUCUUAUCAUUGUGCAGUACUUGUAGAUUAUUGUAAAUGGAUUACCUGUAAUAUUUAGCACAUCUCAUUAUAAACUUUCCAAAGAAUGAGACUUUUGUCAUGACCAUUUUUUUUGUGUAAAGAUAAAUACCACAAAUUUGGUUGCAUUUUGAGAAAGUAAUGGCGAUUGUGAAUAGUGUCUGUGUUAAAUUAAUGGUACUGGGUAAUAACUACAAACUGAUGUUCAGUUGACCUUUCACAGUAUUAAAAUUCCUGUUCAAUUGGUGGCAGACUUUGCACAUAAUAUAAAUUCAGAAAAGUAAUGCCAGUCAGAUAGUCAACAGAAAGAUCACUCCCUAAAUCAGUAAUAGUUGUAAAAGAGAUAUCUUAAAGUUCAAGCUCUUCAAGCAAAUUCCUUGGAAACCCUGUAGAAUGAGUAACCAUGUUUUAAUGUACUAUUCUGUCAGAUAUGAUUGUGAUAAUAGCCAAAUUCAUUUGAUACAUUCCUCGUGUAGCUGCACAUCAACUGUGAAUAUAAUAUUUUUUCUUUAAAGUUACCAGGAAGAGAUCGAAGUACUUAAGACCAUUCUUGUUCACAUUGUGGGUCCUGUUGACAUAGUAAUUUUAACUAAUGUUUCCAUAAUUUAUUGAAACAGUAGCUAUAAGAGAUGUAUCAUGCUUAUCACGUACAUGACAAGAUGCAGAUUUGAGAUACUCCAGAUAUUUAGUCUACUGGAUAAGUUUAUGCUCAGUCUGUCUCUAAUAUUGCAUACUGUUUUUAUGUUCAUUUGGAAUACUAUCAAAUGGACUGUUAAAUGUCGAUUCUGGAAUAUGAAAAUAUUUAUAGUUUGCCUCUAUGACCACUACUAAUUUCGCCAGUUGUAGGCACAAGAUCAAAUAGUAAGAUAAUUCACAUACGUAUGAGAUAAGAGGGGCAGAUUCAAAACACCAGAGUGCUACUUUAGGGAUGGAGAAAAAUCCUGGUUUAAUCUUCUGUUCUGUUAAAGAAAUCGUAUUUAGGAGUGUGUUCGCUCUUAGUCCAUGUACACUCUUCCCUGUAUCAAGGCACAAUUUAUGAUAUAGUGUGUUGAGCUCUGAGGUGAUAAAAUUUGUGACAGUACUUAUAAUGGAAUUUUUAGCAGAUAUUUCUAAAAUAUAAAUUGACAGUGCCUGCAAUUUACCCUUCAGAAUAUUAAGUCACUCCUUACAUGGAAGUAAUUACAAUGAUCGAUUUCAAAUUCCCAUGACAGCAGUAAAGAUCUGAUUACAUGUUAAAAAAAAUGUUACUAAUCAUCCUGUGCUUGUCAGUUACUGUUUAGAAAGGUAGGAGGGUAGAUUGUUCCUUAGGAUUACUAGUUUAGAAAAUUUUUGCAACUGAAUGAAUUGUUAAAUUGGAAAGAUUGAAUUUGUAUUGAGUAUACUGGAAAAAGUUGUAUGUUAAGUGUAUUAUAAAGAAUUGCAUUAAAUUUGUGUUUCACUG